AUGAGGAGGUUGGGUUCUCCCAGUCAGGAGUAUCUGAAUGACGGGGAUUCCCUUGGGGGCGUGGCCAUGGUGAUGCAGUCGCGGCGAUGUCCCGUGGCUCGUUCUGCCCAGGGAAGAGAACUGCUGCUGACUCUGGCCCUGGGUCAGGUCCUCUCUCUCCUCAUCUGCGGCAUCGGCCUGACGAGCAAGUACCUAGCGGACGACUUCCACGCCAACACGCCCGUCUUCCAGAGCUUCCUCAACUACAUCCUGCUGUUCCUGGUCUACACCACCACGCUAGCAGUGAGGCAAGGAGAGGAGAAUUUGCUGGCAAUACUGAAGAGACGAUGGUGGAAAUAUAUGAUUCUGGGAUUAAUAGACAUAGAAGCCAACUACCUGGUGAUCAAAGCCUACCAGUACACGACGCUGACCAGUGUACAGCUCCUGGACUGCUUCGUCAUCCCUGUGGUGCUGCUGCUCUCCUGGUUCUUCCUGCUCGUCAGGUACAAGGUGGUGCACUUCGUGGGCGUCGGCGUCUGCCUGCUGGGUAUGGGCUGCAUGGUCGGCGCCGACGUACUGGUGGGCCGGCAGCAGGGCCUGGGGGACCACAAGCUCCUGGGGGACCUGCUGGUGCUGGCGGGGGCCACGCUGUACGGGAUCUCCAAUGUGUGUGAGGAGUUCAUCGUGAAGAACUUGAGCCGCGUGGAGUUCCUGGGGAUGAUGGGCCUCUUUGGCUCUUUCUUCAGCGGCAUCCAGCUAGCCAUAAUGGAGCACAAGGAGCUGCUGAAGGUGCCCUGGGACUGGCAGAUAGGUCUCCUCUACAUCGGCUUCAGUGCCUGCAUGUUUGGCCUGUACAGCUUCAUGCCCGUGGUCAUCCGGAGGACCAGUGCCGCCGCGGUCAACCUCUCCCUGCUCACUGCCGACCUCUACGGGCUCUUCUGUGGCUUGUUCCUUUUCCAGUACAAGUUUUCAGGGCUGUACCUGCUGUCCUUCUUCAUCAUCGUCUUGGGGCUGAUCCUGUACUACUCCUCUUCAACAUACGUGGCCCAGGACCCCCGCGUCUACAAGCAGUUCCGUAACACCGGCGGCCCAGUCGCAGAGGCGCCCCCCCUCGGGCCCGUGGAGCCGUCAGUCACCUACACCAGCUUAGGUCAAGAGGUGGAGGAGGAGCCUCGGAUCCGGGUGGCCUGAGGGGGCGGAGCCAGUGAGUGAGAGGCGGCGCCACGGCCUUCUCACCUCCUCCCCCCCCCCCCCCCCCCCCCCCCCGAUGUCUAAAGAGAGGGAAAACAAAGAAAUGAACAAAGAAAAAAGUAGCAAAAGAGCAGAAGUACACUGUGAUCACAAACUGUGAAUAGCUACCAGUGACAAUUUAAGAUUUUUUCCAAGUCAUAUAUAUACAAAUAAAUAUAUAUAUAUAAAUAUAAAUAUAUAUCUAUAUCACCCCAUCUUCUACCCUUCUACAUUUUAUGCUGUUUAGAAAGGUUUGUGGUGAAUAUGUAUGCGUGCAGAAGCUCUGUUGUGAUGAUUAUUACACUGGCGUAUAAACUUUGGGAAAGUUUAAGCUUUGUCACGAAGCUGUAAGUGGGGUCUGUCUCCUCAGAGUCAUGUUUUAAGAUUCAUCUCAUUUAAACUUCUCCUCGCUCAAGAACUCAAUGACUGGAGAAUAUCAGCUAAUACAUAGGUUUAGGCGAGAGCCAGUGCCUUGCUCUGUAUCACUGUUGUGUGUUACGAUAUCAGCAGUUGAAAAGGCCUCAGAGCACAGCAGGUGUGUUCUGGUGAUCCUGAGAUGAGUAUUAGCCUUUCUGACUGUUGACUAUCAUGCAUUGGCUUUGAUUUUCAGAAAUAUGUUUACAUGUUUUUCUCUGUAAAAUAUAUGCUCUAAUUCAACUCAAGCAACUGCAUAUGUUAUACAUUACUGGUCCAAAACCAACCUCUUUAGACCAGAAUCUCUGAUUUCAAAGAUUCCAGUGAUACAUUUCCUUUAUACAGUUAGUUUACAGAUCACGGCAUUGAAAAAGACAAUGUGGAUUUUCUUACUUCACUUAUAUUACUCUCUGGUUCAGACCAGCAUUUCAGAUGGUUAAUGUGGGUUCAUGUGUCUCAACAACUGGACUUUGCUCUCUUACAAUUUGACUUCUUUAGAGCCGUGAAAUAUCCCUCUAGUCUUUCUUCCUAGUGCAGUUCUUUCCAGCUUUCGAUAGCAUAUACAUUGUAUCGUCUAAAUUUACAAUUAAUUCACCUUUCCAGUUUUCAUAAAUAGACGGUGACGGGAGGGGGUGUUGGGGGGGGGUGUGGCUACCCCCGUAGUUUCAGGAUGCCCAGCACUUUAUAGGGCCCCCUGAAUAUGAAAAAUAAUAAUGAACACGUUCUGGGUACAUCACACAUCCAUAAUUUCUACUAUGGUGGGGGCCAAGAAGACAUUUUGUCGGUGGCCCAGAAUCCCUAGCUACGCCCCCUGGUGGCGGGCAUGUACGGUGAUCCACCAUGAAUGAGCAUCCAUGUGUAAUGGCUUAAGGGUCAGUUCUGAAGUGUUUACACAGCAGGCAUUUUCCCGAAUAGAGAAAGUUGUAAGGGAAUCUGAGGUUGGAUGGACGAUGAUGCUUCCCAUCCAAACUUUGACAUUCCAGGAACUCUUACAGCCUUUUCCGCAGUGGUUUUGGUUUAACUUUGCAUUUCCCAACAUCUUCUUUACUUAAGUAAUUUCUGUUAUUAUAUCAGGAUUGCAACACUAUUACCGUUUCUCCGCACCAGUCUAGCUCAUCAGCAGUGGGCAAUUAAGAACAUGACCAGGCUUAAAUGACGGAAAUAAAGGACAAUAUCUCUCAUUACCAGUUACUUUUGUAUGGACAAUUCCCUUUAUAAACGUCGUCUGAUGAUACUGUCAGAAUGAUAUUGUUCUUAAGGGUUAUACAUACAACUUAUUAGGAACCAAUCAAGAUUUCUGGUAAUCUGACCAUGAACUGAAUGUGUACUAUUUUAAAAAUGAAAAUGUAUUUAAUUUUUACUACUUUUUGAAUGUACAAUUCAGAUUGUCAGAAAAGGCAGUUGCGGAAAUAUAUUCCGAACACCGUUGCUCUUUUAAAUUGUUUUCCUUCAAAUGUAUGUAAUUUUAAAGUGCAUAGAUGUACCUGGUACAAAUUUUAAGGUAACUUAAAUCGACAUUCAGCUGACCAUGUAAUGCUGUUAACACACUGGAUAUACGUGGUACGGUUGAAGACUACCGUUGAUUUUUGUUCUGCCACUUCUGAUUAACAUUUGGUUAUUUGAUAGUACUUAUGGAGUUGUGUUAGUGCGGUUUUAAGUGUAACUCCAGUUUCCUUGUGAAUUUCCCCUUUGAAAAAACUGAAAUGUGUUGGAUCAAAAUGUUUUAAACGCCAAAUACACCGGAAGAGAAAAACAUUCACGCUGAUACCAUUUGGUACGAACUGAAACAUUUUCAUCAUCAUACUUUAAAGGCUGAGGUCACUGUUUCGUCUAAUCUGAUGAUUUGUGCCAUUAAUAUUUUGAUAAAUGUGUAGUUUAUAUAUUAUUUGUUUAAACAAUUGAGUUGAAUUCAAAAAUAGUAAUGAUUACAUAAUGUACCCCAUGGGUAAAUCUUUUUGUUAAUUAAAAAAAGAAUCCUUACACAGCACAGUUAAGUAAAAGAUGUAAAUGUAAAAUAAAUUAAAAAAAACACAUGGUUUCCAUGAAUAAAAAUGAAAUAUGAAACAUUUUUGAUAUUUGCAUGCUCGGAAUGGACUGGCCGUGGUUAUGUGGUAACUGUAAAAUGUUUUCAAAUAAAUGCUUUAUGAAAAUUGCACACAAGUAACACAAACAUCUAUGCUGUUCUUUUAUUUAUUCUCAUCAAACUCUUUUUGAAAUAAAAACAAUUUGUCUUAUGAAA